AUGUCGGUGCUGGAUAAGGGGACUCGAUACAGCUUUGAAUGCAUUCCGCACAAGGCAUCUCAGUGGGAAACGAGUGAGAUGAAGUUGAAGCUCAUGCAAUGGAACUUGGAUCAACAUGGCGGCGUGAAGCGGUUCCGUAUGCGCGGCAAGUUCGACCCCGCCAACGACGCGGCGUUCCUUCGUGCGUUCUUUGAGAGCAAGUCCGUCCGAGCGAACCUCCCGUUUCCAGCGACCAUGCCAGCAUCUCUCGACGACCUGUCGUUCCGCAAACUCAAAACGAACGUUUUGAGUAUGGCCUUCUUCGACAAGCUGGAAGCGUGCCCGGACAUCGUGUCCUGUGGCGGCAUGCUUCGCCGGUGCAUGGACGACGUGGUCGACGACUGCACCGUCAACGACAACCUCAGAGACAUGCUCGUGAACCCUCAUUCAGACCACGAGUCCUCCCUCUUCUCAUCUUCGGAACAAGACGAAGCCAUCUUCCAGAUCUUCAAGCGUCUGGCCAUCGGCGGCGCCAUGGCCCAGCACGACGACACGCUGCAGCCGUACUUGGACUGUACCAAACAAGUGUACAAAGCGCUUCUGUCGGUGCACAAAGCAACCUCGAGCCAUCACCACCACAGCGAAAACGCCGCCGAUCCACUCGCCAAGACUCAAAUUGGCGUCCGCACGUCGCUCUACAUGGUGCACACUGGCGAACGCGACUCCAACCAGCAGGAAAUUGCCGUCUCCAACGCGACCUGCCAACUCUUUCCCAAGCCCAACUCGCCGUUCAAUGCAUGCUUUGUAGCGAUUGACCCGCACACGUUUUCCGUGUUGUGCUGGUAUGUUCCGUUUGUGCCUUUUUGGUAG